GUUAUGAACAGUUGUUGUGUUGUUUGUUGUUGUUUUUUGGUUUGUUUGGGUUUUUUUUUUUAAGAUAAACAAAUACAGGAGUCAUUAAUAAACUAACAAUGUGUGUAAACCAUUGGAAAUUGUAGCAUACAACAAAUGCAUCAGUUCAGUAUGCACUCCAGAGAUUACAGUGGCAAAGGAAUGGUGCAGGAAGUUUCUGUUUCCUUCCAUAAAAUAGGUUUAAGAUUACAAAUUAAUCUCAGAAGAUAUUAUGAGUAUCUCAAAGUGUUAAUGAGUAACUUAAAACUGCCGGCUUCUCUUAAUUGUCCAAAGGCCAGUUGAUCCUGAAGUAUAUAAAAUACCACUGCAUGUAGAUGAGAAGCACAGCUGAGACAGCCAACAAAGAGCAGACGGGAACCAAAUGCUGUGUCUGCUGGGAAAGAUGCCAAAAGGUGUUUUUACCUUUAUUCGCCUUUUUGUGCUCUUACUCGGUUUCUCCACUAUUUGUCUGGGAGUCCUUUGCGUUUCCACAAGUUUGCCCACAUGCAGAUGUGGAAAUAACGAGCUGGUAUUUUAUUGCCUGCUAGCUUUGGGGUUCUUUCUACUUGUGACUGGCAUUUUCUGGAGCACUUUCCAUGAAAUCUUGAAAUACAGAGGCCUCAGCAGCAUCUUCAUUCAAAAUUCCAGCUGUAGAGAGCUACAUGUCAGCACCGUAGACAGGCCUGACUUCUAUCCCCCCUCCUAUGAAGACAGCACAGAUCCUGAAAAACACACCUCCCCACUGCUAGUUGCGUCCACACUAAAACAGCAAGAAGUUAUCAAUGUCCCUCCACCGCCAUAUACUGAAAGCAGCGCAGAGUUCAUCAGUGAAACCAAUGAGCAGGAACAGCCACCACCAUAUGAAUUAUCUGUGGGGCAACUACAGCAGCAGCAAACAGCUGUCCAAGACUCAAACCCUGCAGCGGAUUUGAAUUCUCAUCCAUCCACACAAGAAAACAGUUACCAACAGGCUACAGACUGUCAGGGGACCUCAGAAGAAGCAAACCCUGUUGUAACAUCUGAGACAGGCAGUGGGUAAAAUCCUGCACCUGUUAAGUGGGGAAAAUUGGAAGAAGACAUGUGUCAGUGAUCCCUACUAGUACACCACUUAGGGUGAAACUACCCAGGAGAAGCACUGACCAUUGUGUGGUUGAGUGGAGUUGGAGGGGAUAUAUAUAAAGAUGCUCAGUAUUUCAAAGCAGAAUGAAUCUCCAUAGAGAUAGAAACGAUCAGCCUGUAUCUUAUAAAAGUCAACAUCACUGGCAAUAGGAGUUUCUUAUGCUGCAAGAUAAAUGAAGCA